GAAAACAGCUGCACACAUAAAGUAUCCAACCGCAAAAAUGGCUCUGCGUGUUUUUGGUUUAAAUUUAUUAAAAAACAAUAAAAAUUUAACGCAAAACCUGCAGCGUUUCAAUAACACCGCCCUCACAAAUGCAGUGCUCCAGCAACAAAAUGCCAAUUACAGCACACAGGUAACUGUUCAAGCUGCCCCUUUAGUAGUGAGGAAACAAAAAGUAAGUAAGGCCAUGAAAGCUUAUUUGGAACGUGCUCAAGAACAUGAUGAAUUCAUGAAAACUCAACAAUUGGAAUUUCAAAUUGGCAAAAGACAUUUGGCCAACAUGAUGGGUGCGGAUCCAGAGACCUUUACGCAAGAGGAUAUUGAUAAUGCCAUUGAGUAUUUGUUUCCCUCGGGAAUUUACGAUCAAAAAGCCCGCCCCAUUAUGAAAAGUCCCGAAGAAGUAUUUCCAGCACGCAAAGCCGCUGAGUUCGAUGAAACCGGUCGUCCAUUCCAUAGUAUGUUUUAUACUGGCAAUCCAAAUUUCUUUAAAUUAUUAUACGAUAUUGUUGAAGAACUAAAUAAAUUGUAUGACCUGGAAGAACGUAUGAUGCGUCGCGGACAAAAACCUGAUCUUAAUCAGAAAGUAGAUUUGACUGGUUUCAAUUGGAUCACUAAAGAUCAGAUGGAAUUACAGUUGGUGGAAAAAAUCUCUGACAUUGAAUUCAACAGUUUUGUUACAUCGAUGGAACGUUUAGUGUCUCAUCCCUAUUCGUACAAAUGUAAAGAAUUUAUUGACAAAUACACAAAACCUUUAAUGGACAAAUCGAGCCAAUUAGAAAUACCCAAACCUCAAAUCGAUGAACAAGGUCGUCAAUAUAUUACCACAUAUGAAUGUCUACGUAAAACAGCUCGUGCUGAUGUAACCGUUCGUGUACCAGGUACUGGAAAGAUUUCAAUUAACGGCAAAGAUAUAACAUACUUUGAUGAUAUACAACCCCGUGAACAGGUACUGUUUCCUUUAAUCUUUGCCGAAAUGCUAGGCAAAUGUGAUGUGGAAGCUAAUGUAGAGGGUGGUGGAAGUUCUGGACAAGCUGGCGCUAUACGUUGGGGUAUUGCCAUGUGCUUGCGCAGUUUCGUUGAUCAAGAAAUGAUUGAAUCGUUGCGCUUAGCUGGUCUUCUAACACGUGAUUACCGUCGCCGUGAACGUAAGAAGUUUGGCCAAGAAGGUGCUCGCCGCAAAUACACAUGGAAGAAACGUUAAUAUGUUUUGUUUAUGUAUGGUUUUCCAAUUGUUGCUAAUGUGUUGUUAAUAAAAUUUACAUUUUAUUUAAAGGUUUUAAACCCAA